AAAGGCGCAGGAUGAAAACUAGUUUCCUGGUUUGGUGAGCGAGAAAGAGAGAGAAAGCAGGAGCCGCGGGCACAGUGCACCAGUAGUCCCACUACUACUACUACUUCUACUACUACUCCCAGCAGCCUGCUUCCCACCUGGCACACACUUUCUUCCCCUGGCUACAGAGGAAACCCACUAAGCUGCGUGAAUGUACAACAUGAUGGAGACCGAGCUCAAGCCCCCCGCCCCCCAGCAGACUUCUGGGGGCACCGGGAACUCCAACUCUGCGGCCAACAACCAGAAGAACAGCCCGGACCGGGUGAAGAGACCCAUGAACGCCUUCAUGGUAUGGUCCAGGGGGCAGAGGAGGAAGAUGGCCCAGGAGAACCCCAAGAUGCACAACUCUGAGAUCAGCAAGAGGCUGGGGGCCGAGUGGAAGCUGCUCUCCGAGGCUGAGAAGAGACCCUUCAUCGAUGAGGCCAAGAGGCUGCGAGCCCUGCACAUGAAGGAGCACCCCGAUUACAAAUACAGGCCCAGGAGGAAAACCAAAACCCUCAUGAAGAAGGAUAAGUACACCCUGCCCGGGGGCUUGCUGGCACCUGGGGGCAACUCCAUGAGCUCUGGGGUCGGGGUGGGGGGUAGCCUGGGAGCUGGGGUCAACCAGAGGAUGGACAGCUAUGCCCAUAUGAACGGCUGGACCAACGGGGGCUAUGGCAUGAUGCAGGAGCAGCUGGGCUACCCGCAGCACCCAGGGCUCAAUGCCCACAACGCGGCUCAGAUGCAGCCCAUGCACCGCUACGACGUCAGCGCCCUCCAGUACAACUCCAUGACCAGCUCCCAGACCUACAUGAACGGCUCCCCCACCUACAGCAUGUCCUACUCCCAGCAAGGGGGCCCUGGCAUGACCCUGGGCUCCAUGGGCUCGGUGGUAAAGUCAGAGUCCAGUUCCAGCCCGCCCGUAGUCACUUCUUCAUCCCACUCGAGGGCUCCGUGCCAGGCAGGUGACCUCCGGGACAUGAUCAGCAUGUACCUACCUGGGGCAGAGGUGCCAGAGCCAUCUGCCCAAAGCAGACUGCACAUGUCCCAGCACUACCAGAGCGCUUCAGUACCGGGCACAGCCAUCAAUGGCACCAUGCCCCUAUCACACAUGUGAGGACUAAAGCAGAAACUUUUAUUUAGUAGAGUUUGGACUUUU